ACGCCCAUCAUGCAUGGCAGAGGGGCUAGUAUUAUUAUAGCUAACCUAGCUAGCUCACUACCCUCAGCUAGCGGCGGCGAGUGCGAGCUAAAUACUGGCGCCUGAGCUGACAAGACGUACGGUCGAGAAGUAGCGGAGCUGCAUUACUAACUCAGCUAGUAGACUACCUGUAUUUGCAUGAAAGCAUCAAUAUUUAAUUGAUCAAAUAUUGUUGUCUAUUGUCGACGGUCCAAUGGCCUUUGCUUCCACCAAGAAAUAUAGUAUGGGUAUUACGACUUUCUUCAACAACUCUGCAUGAAAUGUGACUGUUACACCUGCAUGAACUGUUUCGUCUAUCCACACCCCUACCCUUUUAAGAAAAAAUAAUCAAAAUUUGUUAGCUUGCAUGAUUGAAUCGUAACUUGACAAAACUCUCUGUUGCUCAGAAAGUAUACUCCAAAAAAAAAAGGGAAAAAAAGAAGAAGCUUGCUUGAUCUUCAUGUACAAAGCCCUGCUUUCAUCCGUCCAAAACCAUUGUAAAUUCAUUUCAAGUCUCCCAUCACUGAGAAACUUGGCUUACAGCAUGUAUUCAUCUGCGACAAAGAAGCAAAAGACGGAUCAGGGCUAUGUGGUUGACUUCCGUAGUGACACCAUCACCAAGCCCACCGAUGCCAUGCGUAAGGCCAUGAGCGAGGCCGUGGUAGGUGACGAUGUCUUUGGAGAAGACCCCACAGUCAAUGAACUUCAGCGAAAGGUGGCCAAGUUGCUGAAGAAGGAUGCUGCCCUCUUUGUACCGACAGGGACAAUGUCCAACUUGAUCGCAUUGAUGAGUCAUACUACCGGGCGUGGUGAGGAGGUGUUGCUAGGAGACCAGUGUCACAUCUUCGACUGGGAACAAGGUGGAAUGGCACAGUUUGCUGGUGUGUGCCCACACGUGGUCAAGACCUUGCCCGAUGGAACUCUGGACUUGGAUGAGCUCGAGUCCAAGAUACGACCCAGCGACAUUCACAUGGCCAGCACCAGGCUCAUCUGCAUAGAAAACACCCAUAAUUCAUCGGGAGGCAAAGUGCUCCCUCUAGAGUUCUUACAGAAGGUGAGAGCAAUAGCAGACAAGAACAAUCUCAAGGUUCACUUAGAUGGGGCUCGUCUCCUCAACGCAGCGGUUGCUAUGGACGUAACCCCAGAUGUCAUCACGCAGUACGUCGAUUCCAUCAGCAUCUGUUUCUCAAAGGGAUUGGGAUGUCCAGUUGGAUCGGCUCUCGUAGGAUCCAAUGACUUCAUUGCAAGAGCUUUGAGGCACAGGAAAGCCUUAGGUGGAGGCAUGAGACAGUGUGGCAUACUAGCAGCUGCAGCUCUGGUAGGCCUAGACCAGGGGUACGCAAGACUGCAUGUGGAUCAUGAAAAUGCUCAGAAAUUCGCCAAAGGCAUGAAAGAGCUGAACAACCCAGUCUUCACAGCCAAGCCAGAGAAUACACAGACCAACAUGGUGCACAUCCUAGUACGAGAAGACAUUCCUUCCAUGCAAGCUGCCUCGCUGCUGGGCAACGUCGCCGAUGAUGAGAUCAGUACACUAGGACAGAGCAUUCAGGUGAAACUGUUUCCCGAGACCGACCACACGAUGCGAGCCGUUAUGAACCACCAUAUCACAGAGAAAGACGUUCAAAUGGCUCUCAAGAAAUUCAAGUUCAUCGGGGAAAAGCUGGACAAGAAUGGUCUUGGUAAAUAGAGGUCGAAAGGACAUUGUUCAAGCAGAUGCAUGAAGUCUAUUUUUCUAAAUUAGAAAUUAGAAGUGACUAGCAUUGCUCUUUGACACAGCUCCAGAUGAUUAUAUUUUUGUAACACGCAGAUCACACGCGGAAACUGGUAGAAAAGACUCAUAAAGGCAGUCAUUUUAACAAUUUAGGAGUAUGAAUGAAAUAAAGGAUUGCAAAAAAACAAGACGCACAUAUCCCAAAGUCCAACUUCCGUCCCUUGUGGUUUUUUUUACGUUUUUGGUUUAUACAUACUAUCUGUACUUGCACAAAGACGGCUGCAAGCUUUAUAGGCACAUGCUGUAGCCCUCCUAUACAAUCUAAGCUAUGUUUAGUAAGGAUUCAACAUGAUAAAUUUAUUUCAUAUGCAUGUUCCAAAUAUGUACUGUACUAAAUAGAUUGUAUCAAAUUUACAUUUGUGUAAAAAAACAAGACGCACAUAUCCCAAAGUCCAACUUCCGUCCCUUGUGUGGGUUUUUUUUACGUUUUUGGUUUAUACAUACUAUCUGUACUUGCACAAAGAGGGCUGCAAGCAUAUCAAGCUUUAGGCACAUGCCGUAGCCCUCCUGUACAAUCUAAGCUAUGUUAAGUAUGGAUUCAACAUGAUAAAUUUAUUUCAUAUGCAUGUUCCAAAUAUGUACUGUACUAAAAAGAUUGUAUCAAAUUUACUUUUGUGUACAUGGAAAUGUAUGUUUACAAAAAACAGUGUUGAAAACAAGACAUUCAAAUUUAUUUCAAUUCAAUUCAGUUUUUUGGUGAUUGUUCCCCUGUGAAAACAAGCCUUACAUCUUAAUAUCUCGAAGUUGAUAUAUGUUAACUAGGUGGCAGAAUGAACGUUGAUCAUUGCAUUUCUGUUUAUUACCAAUUGAAGUAUGACAUUUCAAAAGAGAAUACUGUGAAAGCACAAACAUUUGUGACGUGAAUCAGCUUUGAUGACGAAUUGCCAUUUAAUGGCAAGAAUCAUUCAUGUAUUCCAAAAGUUGAUUUUGACUCUUAUUCAUUGAAGUAUACUAUACACGCUUAUCAUUGAGUGGUAUAUAUGGCUUUAUUGCACAAUGCUGAGACAAAUCUGGGGGCUCUUGUAUUUAUAAUGAACUAAGUUGUGAUGAAACACAUUUCCAAAAUCACAUGCAGCUUGCUUUCAACCAAUCAGAAUCUUGCAUUCGGGAAACAUGUUGAUUUUGGGGCAUUGCUGUUGUUUGGUAUCGCAAGUCUUUCAUGAAAGAGGCCUUUAAUAUCAUAGCUAAAUCAUGUAAAGUGUAAUUUCAUAGUAUUCUGUAAAACUCUCAUAAAUUCAAUCAAUCAUGUUUCAUUGCUUUUGGGGGGGGGGGGGGGUAAGUUAUGUAUGAUAUUAAAUUAAGUACCUCUUCAUUAUUAUUUUUUAAGGAUUCAAAAGGAUGAUAUUGUACAAGAUAUUUGCUCGGGUUAUGUUCACCAACAUGUAUUCAAAUAUGUGUAUAUCAUUCAAAUUAUGAACCCAGCAUGCAAUCAUUGAAAUUAUUGGAAGUAUUUACUCUAAUAACCCCAAGACAAUGGAAUAUCAUUAUCGGUAUAAAACGCUCUGUUGUAACAAACACUUCUAAUAACAAGAUUGUUUUUCCAGUUCUACUUUGUUUUUAUUUUAUAUCGUCUUGAUAUAGCAAGGUUUCACUUUAAUACUAUGUUAAUUUUUUGGGUCCCAUUGAUUUAGUUUUAAUAAGAUCCCACAGAAGACACUGCCAAUUUUAUGUGUACCUCUGAAUUUCAAAGAUAUUCUUACGAUUUUUCAAAAAGGAAAAUUUUAAUAUCAGUAGUUUGGGAUUUGAAGUGAAUGAUUUUGAUGUGUGCAGCAGUGCUCCUUUGGUCAGUGUUUGGAAAAUGUAAUGCAUAUGCUUUCUUAGUAAUCAUGUAAAUAAAUUAUCAAACCAAUCAAAGCGAGUACUAUGCAUGUGUUGUAAAUUAUGUACUAUGUGCACAAAAGGUAUUGGGAUAGAUUAAGGCAUUACAUUGAAAAUGUAAUUCAAUAAACACUUUUCAAUCAAGUGAAA